UUCUUAUUAAUAAAUUUCGGCCGGAGAUUUGGCCACCAGUGUGAGGUACUGGCUUGUCCUUGUCUACAUCUAUAUAUAUUUCUUUUGAUCAACCACAUCUAUAUAUUAGUAUUACACUUAUCUCCUUUUGGGUCAAUGUGUGAUUGUAUUCUUGCGUCGACGUCGAUGAAUAUACGUUUCAAUAUUAUUAGUUUGAUACUUAUUGUAGUUCCAUUACCUGCUUCAGCUGUUCAAGCAGAUACAAAGUUUUGAUUAAACAUUUUUUUUCUACUAGAUGUUUGAAGAUAGAGUAAUAGUGUUGGUUUUUUUUUUUUUUUUUUGGUAAAAAUGUAAAGAUAUUAUUACCAAAUUUUUUUCGCUUUUGACAGAAGUUACAGAGAUUAACAAGAAACAGAAAAACGAAAAUGAAAAUCUAAACAUAAACUCAGUCUAGUCAAGGCGGGACAGACAGACACAACAACCAAAACCGCUAUCCCGAGGUUCGACCAAGUCCGCAACAACAGCUUGCCGCAAAAGAAUAAGCCAAGUUCAACCGAGAGUCGGGACCCCAGUAAUUUUGGCCUCCCCGGUGAUCCGCUCUUAAAGAUAAUGGCCCAUCCUAGAACAGCUCGCUUCGAGGCUUUAUAGCACAAGCCACAGGAACAGACAGCAACAGCAGAGGUCUAGCACACCCACAGCAACCGAAACCGAGCAAUUAUUAGGCCCGAAAACGACCUGUACAUAAUGACGCUCCGAGCAGAAAGAAAAAAACUCCUCAACCAGAGAAGCAAGAAGACGGGUCCGAGAACACAGCUGAAACGGGGACCGAUGACGCUCUUAAAGACCUGAAGAAGCUAUAAGAAUCAACCCUGCCGAUGAAUCCGUAGACUAACAUCGGCACUGGGAUGAGCUGAUUCUACAAGAAGAACCACCGAGAGAGGACACCAACCCGGAGACCACCCGAGUUAAUAUUCACCUCGCUACCUGCCGUUCCGAGAACCGGAAUAAGGAUAACUUCAAAUCGUCAACAGACGCACCCGUGGCUAAGGGACGUCCAACUGCAAAGGAGAAACAAGAGCAAGACGCCUAAGAAACUUGCCGGCAGCUUCAAAGACGAACCGGAACACGAGACCGGGCAGAGGAACUGCGAAUGAGAAGGAAGUCGGCGGAGUUGCAACGAACCGGCCAUAGACGACUAGAAACGCGACGCAACCCUUUGAACCUCCACACGCCUUUGCCGGAAGCACUAGCACACACUAGACAAACCCCCGGCUUGAGACGCGCCUCCGAGUAAAGCAACCUCCGGAGCACACACAACGUUGGACAGAAGAGAGCGACUCACCAAGACGCCGAGGGGAGCCACCAUUCUAAUACCUGACACCACUCCUUGGAACAGACCACGACAAGGCCGAUCUAGAAGAAUCGACACCGGAUCUGGAGAAGGAGCCGCCGUAACCUCCACACGCGCCAUCAACUCGUCGACGAAGGACCCAAAAGGUGAAAACUUGAGCCCUUCAAUAAACCCUAAAAACCGACCCUUGCACCAGCCACCAUCUCUUCACCCUCGUAGCCACACCGGAGAGCCAAGCUACCUCUGAUUCCGGCCAAGAAAACCUUCGUCUGUGAAGCUCUUCCUCUAGGGUGACCCACAUAUCGGACGAAAAGGAGAAGGUAGGAGCAAGAGCAAACAAAAAACAGAGUUAAGGGAGAAGGGGAGCCCUCCGACGGUGGCAAAACGGAGCCCACGCGCCGGAGGCAAACAGAUCUAAUCGAGAGAAAGAGAGAGUUUAGGAGAGGGAGAGUUUAGGAGAGAGAGUUCGCUUCCCAAUAUUCAUCUCGUAAUAGUGUUGGUUGUUUCUUAGACACGAUCGAGUACCUUUUUUCUUGUUGCUAAACCUAAUUUUAUUGACACAAUUCCUUUUAAAAGUAGUUUAAAAGUAGUUUUACAAGUACAUUAUGGUCUCUCAACAAUAUAAUACUAGUAUUUAAGUCAAGUUUAAUUAAAGAAUUUAUCUUAAAUAUGUUUGUAUGUUGAUGAAAUAUCCGUCUAAGCUUAACAUAGUAUUAGUAUAUUUAUUGUAGUUUAAUUUUCUAAACUAGAUUUGAACCCGCACAUAUGUUCGGAUAUUUUUAAAAAAAAAUAACAUUUAAAAUAUAAAAUAAAUUAUAAAAAUAUAUAUUUAAUAUCAAUUUUUAUGUAUAUAAUAUUACUUUGCAAAUUUAUAUUUCUUGAAAUUUGUUUUUGAUAAAAUCGUACUAAUCUUAUAUUAAUCACUUAUGCAACAUCGUAUUAAUAUUUAAUUUUAAACAUUAUUUUUAUAUGAAUUUUUAAAAAUUUAUUAAUUUUUUGUUAAAAUUUGUUUUAUUCUCGAAAUGUCUGUAUGUGACCAAAUUAAAUUAUUAGUAUUGUAUAUUUUAAAUAAAAAUUUAUUUAAUAUAUUAUAUUUAAGUUUGAGAUUUUUAUUUUUACUACAAAAAUUAAACAAAAUUUUUUUUCAACCAAUAAAUUAUUAUUUAUUUUGUUUUAUAUAAAAAUUUAAUAUGAUAAUUUCAAAAAGAAUUUGGAUAUACUAUUUAAUUUCAAAAUUAGUUUUUGAAAUAUAUAUAAAAUUUGGUCUAGACUGAAUAUGAUAAACAAUCAAAAAUAAUUGCAUAAUGGAAAUAUAUUUGGUCUUUCUUAAGAAACCUAUAUUGUUUAGAUGUAUAUUGUUUAUGUUAGGAAAAUAUCAUAUAUGCAUAAUUUUAGGAUAUUUAGUUUAGUUUCUAAUUAAUAGUCUUUUUUUUUGUCAUAUUUUUUUUUUAAUAGUCUAACAUAGACUUUUCUAUAGUAGAUAUAAAGUAGGGCCCUAAAUUAAUAGAUUAGAUUUAUUUUAAGUUAGAGAAAUUUUCAUUAAUGUGUUUAAGAUAUAUCAGAUUAUGUUUUAGUUAUAUUUAUUUGUAUUAGUUAAUCACAUUUACAACCACUAGGUACAUUUUUUUUAAGUAGCAAAUACAUGUUGCUGAAGAAAAGGAUGUAAAUGUAUAAUAAAUGGAUAAUAUAAAGAGUUGAGCAAAACAAGAAUAAUAUAAAGAAAUGAAAUACAUUUUAUUAUGUUUUCUGGACUGAUAUGGUCGGAGCCACAACUUGUGUUCUGUUGCUUCUGUAUUGUCAUAUCCUCUUUGACUCCCUAUAUAUAGGUUCGGUUCCUACCGAGACCACGAACAAUACAUCAAAAACAAUAACUCCAAUUACCAAAAGAAGAAACAAAGAAUUCAAAAAUGGAAAUUCUCACUGCAUUUCUCUCCAUACUUCUUACCUUAGGGUUUAUUCUAAUAUUCUCAUGUUCAACAAAAGCCCUAAAACCACAAACCAAACCACCUUCGUAUCCACUCAUUGGCUCUAUCCUCUCUUUCAACAAAAAUCGCCACCAUCUUCUCCAAUGGUACACCGAUCUCCUCCGUCUCUCUCCAUCUCAAACCGUCACCAUCGAUCUCCUCCUCAACCGCCGCACCAUCAUCACGGCCAACCCCGAAAACGUUGAGCACAUUCUCAAAACAAACUUUUGUAACUUUCCUAAAGGCAAACCUUUCACCGACCUCCUCGGAGAUUUACUAGGCGGUGGUAUCUUUAACUCGGACGGCGAGUUAUGGAGCUCGCAGCGAAAACUCGCGAGCCACGAGUUUACAAUGCGUUCCCUUAGGGAAUUCACUUUCGAAAUCCUCCGCGAAGAAGUCGAAACCCGCCUCGUUCCGGUGCUUUUCUCAGCCGCGGACUACGGCAGAGGAAGGACGGUGGAUUUUCAGGAGAUCUUGAAACGUUUUGCUUUCGAUGUGGUUUGCAAAGUUUCUUUAGGUUGGGAUCCUGAUUGUUUGGAUUUGACCCGACCUGUUCCAGAUCUUGUCGAGGCUUUUGACGUAGCGGCUGCGAUCAGCGCUCGGCGCGCGACGGAGCCAGUUAACGCCGUGUGGAAGCUGAAGCGUUUCUUCAACGUGGGGAGCGAAAGGAGGCUCAAAGAAGCGAUCAGGACCGUGCACGUGUCCGUCUCUAAGAUCAUCCGUGCAAAGAAGAAGUGUCUCGAUAUUGACGGUGACGUUUCAGACAAGCAAGACUUCUUGUCGAGGUUUCUUGCCGCCGGCCACGACGAGGCAUAUGUGAGAGAUUCUGUUAUCAGCUUUAUCAUGGCGGGAAGGGAUACCACGUCGGCGGCCAUGACGUGGCUUUUUUGGUUGUUGAGUGAAAACGAUGACGUGGAGAAGAAGAUUCUAAAAGAAGUGAGAGACAAGGGAUCUUUAGGGUUAGGGUUUGAGGAUUUGAGAGAGAUGAGUUAUACGAAAGCUUCUCUCUGCGAAGCAAUGAGGCUUUACCCACCAGUGGCGUGGGACUCAAAGCAUGCAGCAAACGACGACGUUUUGCCAGACGGGACACACGUCAAGAAAGGAGACAAAGUUACUUAUUUCCCUUACGGUAUGGGAAGGAUGGAGAAAGUGUGGGGUCAAGAUUGGGACAAGUUUAAACCGAACCGAUGGUUUGAUGAAGAACCAAAUUACGGUAUAAAACCGGUUUUGAAAAGUGUGAGCUCGUUCAAGUUCCCUGUCUUCCAAGCCGGACCAAGGGUUUGCAUAGGGAAAGAAAUGGCGUUCAUGCAGAUGAAAUACGUGGUUGGUUCGGUUUUGAGUCGGUUUGAAAUCAUACCGGUUUGCAAGAACCCUCCGGUAUUUGUUCCUCUGUUAACGGCUCAUAUGGCUGGUGGGUUAAAGGUCAAGAUAAAGAAGAGAAAACAUUAAUUAGUGAUAUCACUAUAUAAUUAAUCAAGUCAUGUCCUUAUAAAAAUAUCUAAACGAAUAUGUAAAAUGUGUGGUUAAUAGUUAAUACAUUAAAAAUCAAAUCAGCAUAUGAAUGUGUGAUUCACAGUUUCACACAGGUUGCUUCUGAAUAGAAAACAAUAUAAAAAUGAGUGAUUUUCACUCAGAAUCACUUUGUGACUUUUAAUUACAUGAUAAGUCACUUGUUGCUACUAGGGUACUUUUAAGUGGUUGUUUACUUUCUUAUCCCUAACUAAAGUGUAACCAUAACAAGUAUCUGGUUUCUUUUCUUUUCUUUUGUUUUUAAUUUCUAAAAAAUUUGAAACAUAAAGCAUACUCUUUUCGUCUUUGUCCCUCUGCCUUUUCUCCUCCGAAUAUCCAUGGUGACUGAUUCAUCCUAACGCAAUUUAUCCAAAUUUAAGAUUGAGUUCUUUGGCUUUUCAAAUGUUGCUUCAAAAAUCAAAAUCUCAAAAAAUGUUGCUUCACAAUUGUAUCGUCCUCUUCGUCUCUCCCCCCCACCAUGAACUGCAGUUUGAUUCGCUUCUCCUUCGCCGCAACAGCACUACCGUGAACGCCGCCACGUCCAUGUUAGACACGGAAUCACUCCGACCAAGCUUCCUCCUUCGUUCUCUAUAACUCACUUCCAUCACUGCCAUGACCUUCUCCUUGGUGGCUACAUGCUCAGAUCGUCUUAAAUCCUCCUCGCGGUGGUCGUCAUGCUCGGGACCGGAACUGCAAGCUUUCAGCAAAGACUGUCCAGGCUCAGUAUCUGGGAUCGAGAGACCCAGUGGCCAAAAUCCUAUUUUUCACAUUAGGUCCCUCGUAUUUGUAUAUCUUCUAUUUUGACCCUAAAUUUUAUAAAUGUGCAAGAUUAACCUUCGAAUUUGCAUCAAAAUUUUUAUUUGUAUUCUUCAUCCCUCAGUUUUAUGCAAUUAUGGAUGCAAAUGAAAUAUUAACAUCUGAAUGCAAACUGGAAGGAUAAAAAUAAGGUAAAUGAGAUGCAUAAAAACACUUAAAUGAUGACAUAUCAAUGAGUAGUAACAACACAUGUUUUUUUUUUGUGGUUUGAAUUGAGUGUUUGUGGUUUGAUGUUGAAAACGAUAAGCAAAAUAGACGAUUUGUAGAGGACACAGAACAAUGACAUCUAAAAAUGCAUCCGAAAUGGCUUAAAUGAACAAAAUAUAAAAGCUUAAACUCAUUUACAAUGAUGAGAUAUCAAAAUACAAAGUUGAAGGUAAGUGUCGAUUUUCUUGUGCAUGGUGUUGUAAUGAUAUCCAUAUAUAAUCAUAUUAAUAACAUCCACGUGUACACAUGUGUUCAUGCACAACUUAUUCAGUGAUAGACAUGAUAACUUCAUACAUGUCAUUUGACAAAAUGAAUCAAUGUCGUUUUAAUAUCAGCUAUAUGUAUGACGUUUUGUGUAUAUUUAUAUGUAUAAGAUCAGGUGUACACAAAAAAUACAUUAUCCACAUGUACAACGACUCAUAUAUACAUCAUUUAACUUGUACACAUUUGCAAAUUGAAAUAUUUUCACGAUAAAAAUAUUGUCCAUGUGUACACAUAAAUUUUAUUGUCUACAUGUACAAUAAUUCACUUGUACACCAAAUAAAUUUUAACAUACAUUUAUCAAGUUUGAAUAUCAAUUAAAACCAUAUACCAUAAAUAUGAGUAAUUCAAUUGUGUGAUUAAUAUGAAACCGUCUUAUUGGGAUUCACUUGUUGGGAUUUUAUUUUAUAGUUUUUUCACCAAACAUUAACAGCACAUGAAAUCAAAUAAAUCUAGGCAGUAGGCAGUGGUUAAACUACCGUUUGGUCUCGCGUUCGAAGUACAUUCAGCGUCUUUUUUUUUGUCUUUUUUUUGUUUUUUCUUAUUUUCUUUAACGAAGGGUAUAAAGGUAAUUUUGACUUCGUCUUCUUCAUUUAGGGUUUCUGCAACUGAAACAGAGCCGCCACAUACAUUCACCAUCAUUUCGAACAUUUCUUCCAUAUAUUUUAACUCAAAACCUACAAAUUUCGUAAGAUUAAUUCUUACCAAGUGAAAACGAGCAAAAAAACAAUUUUUUCCCCAAAAUUUCGGAAUUUUCAUCCAAUUAUAACCAAAUCGUUAUGGUUAAUAGACCUCCCAACAAAAGCAUCCCUUUUCUUCAUUCACCAACACCGUCCAUAUUCGAAGGCUCUGAGAAUUCGAAAUCUAUGUUUUCACUACUACCAUAGAACCCACCACCAUCUCUUACUAAAGACUUGUCAUUUAUUUACUAGCUUCAUCGUUGGAAAUCCACCCGUAUUUUUGACCCGUAACUCCCAACACCGAAAUAAUCAACAUUGUCUACUCAAAUUGUUAAAAGUUCGUUGACGAUUUGAGAGAGAGAGAGAGACUAUCGGUUCAUUUUUCAAAAAAAUGUAACUAGAUUAGUUAGGAGACAACAAUAAGUUAAGAAAAAGUGUCUCAAGAGUGAAAAGUGUCUUAAAGUGUAAUAAAAAGAUGAAAUGUGACCUGUAAUGUAAAUGUUUCUAUAUAAAUCAACAUUGUCGUCUUGUUGUAGUUGGAUGCAAUAUAGUAAUCAGUUUGAUAGACGUAUGUGUAUUUGUAUGUUAAAUAAUUUGUGGAAGCAUGUGAAUGUAUUUCUAAAUUAAAAUAGUAAAAGAAUGGAGCUAAAACACAUCACAAUACAAUCGUUUAUCAAAUAGAAAAGACACAACACAACACACAUCACUGGACUGUCAUCUUUAUGCUGCAAGUGUCAAGUGGGAGAUAUGAUAAAUCAUUAUCCUCACAUCUAAUCGUAUAUUAUAAACAACAGUAAUGCGAUACUGCAACAAACGAGAUACGAAACGAUUUGGAUUGGUUGCCCAAAACGUCAAAACAAAAGAAACAAACGAAUUUUAUUUUAUUUCAGAUACCUAGACAUCAAUGUUGUUCUUUUUUUUUUUUUUUAUCAUCUGAAAUUUAUUAAACAUAAAACCAAGUUUUCCAAGAAAGCCCAAAGAUAUGCAAAACGUAAAAUAAAGAGAUACAAACGGUCCACAAUAUACAACAAAAGGUCAAAACCAGACAAACAAAAGGGCAACUAGAACAACCCAUAAGAGACUAUGAGGAUGGUCCAAACAAUAGGCCCAUUUGUUUAUAGCCCCAUGGCUAAUCGGAAAAGCUGACUCGACAGGAACGCUGAGAUACGUGCACUAACGAAAAAGACACGUGUUUAGAAAAUACAAUUUUUGCCGACUCAACGCCGACAGAGAAUCUUCGCGGAGAUAUGAUUCACCAAAAAAAGCAGAGCAUCCACAGUAAAGAGAUAACAACUCAACAGAGCACCCGUUGCAAAGAAAACCCAAGGUAGUUGAGAAAAGAAACAUAGCUCCGCUUCCAGAAAAGAGAAGAAACAAUUGCAAUCAAUCGAUCUUAGAACACCAAAUUAUCCUGAACAUGCAACACAUACAUCUUUAAAGAGACAUAUAAGCUUGAAAAUGCGAAAGCCCUAUCCAAGGGGAAGAUGAAACAAUCCUAGUGAUUAGAUCGAGAUUCAUUCGAAUCC